UAUUGCGUUUUGUUAGCGUAAUAUGAUGUAAAGAAUCAUAAUGUAUGAUACCAGUAUUUACAGAUUUUAUUGCUGAUUUUAAACAUGUUCUUUGAUCGUAAUCUUGACCAACCAUUUGUGAGUUAUUGGUCUUUCUCUAUUCAAGUAGAUAGGAGCUGCACUGGCAUGACUGGAAAUAGACUCCCGGGAGUGUUCCGAAGAUGGCCGACAGUGGACUGACUUGCAAGAAAGACUUUGGUAACAUCCCAUUGAAAUACGAAACGGAUACGAAAGCACGCGACUUUGUUUGCUGUUGAUUCGUGCAUUCGCUUUUCACCCUGAUUCAAAUGAAAACGAAUAUCGGCAGCUAACAAAAUCGGGAUCCAAGGACCGAGUGUCGGUGAUGGCAGCAGGAGUCAGUUUGUUGAGUGACCUGCCCUACUGCAACGGCAGUUUAGCUAACAGCAGAGAGCCGAUCACUGACAUGGAGCCAGUCAAUGUCAGAGUCCCUACUGCAAAGUACACAAAGGUUGGUGAGACUUUGAGGCAUGUCAUCCCAGGACAUAUGCAGUGUUCCAUGGCGUGUGGUGGUCGAGCAUGCAAAUACGAAAACCCUUCUCGAUGGAGCGAUGAAGAGCAAGCUAUCAAGGGAUUGUACUCCUCCUGGAUAACAGAUCACCUGUUAGCCAUGGCAAGGCCUUCGACUGAAAUCAUUGAAAAGUUCAACAUCAUUGAACAAUUCCAAGCGUGUGGUUUAAAGACAGUUAUCAACCUGCAGCGACCAGGUGAGCAUGCCAGCUGCGGCAGCACUCUGGAGUCAGAGAGCGGUUUUACCUAUCGCCCAGAGGUUUUCAUGGAGGCAGGGAUCUAUUUUUACAACUUUGGCUGGAAGGACUAUGGAGUGGCAUCCUUGACUACUAUCCUUGACAUGGUGAAAGUUAUGUCAUUUGCCAUGCAAGAGGGAACAAUUGCUGUCCACUGCCAUGCUGGACUUGGUAGGACAGGUGUCUUAAUCGCAUGCUUCUUAGUAUUCACUUCGCGGAUGAGCGCGGAUCAGGCCAUUUUGUUCGUCAGAGCUAAACGGCCAAAUUCCAUCCAGACUCGCGGUCAACUGUUGUGUGUACGAGAAUUCGCCCAGUUCCUUGUGCCACUGCGGAGUGUAUUCUCGUGUGCCGAGCCCAAAACUCAUGCGGUCACGUUGUCACAGUUCCUUACUCGUCAGCGCCAUCUGCUGCAUGGCUAUGAAGCGCGACAAAUGAAGAACAUGCCAAAGAUCGUAAACCUGGUCUGCAGACUCCUAUUAGACAUAGCAGAGAACAAGCAGUCAGUGGAAGAGCAGGUGUUGGAUAUCCCAGACCUCACGGAAGAAGUGAAGAAGACGGUCUCCUUGCAAGCCAUCCAACAGUUAGGGAAGGAGAUGAGGGUGAAAGGGAUUCCCAUGUCCUCACCUCGCUCCCCUGAACAACCCAGCGCUCCUCUUGAAGUACAGUGUGACCCACCUCAUGACCGUCCACUCCGUAGAGACCAUGAGUUUGACGUGCUUUGGAGAUGGCCGACUGUAGACAACUCCUACAAUUCUCAACUCAUCUUAAGAAAAUGUCUUUGCUAUAGUGACUCUGCCUUGCACAGACUGGACGCCAGAAUGCAGGAACUGCAAAGUCCCCAGAAUGCUCUUGGCAGCAAAUCUGGUUUAAACUUUUCUGAACACUUCACCUCACAGAGCAGAUUAGCUGCACAAACCCCUGAUCUUCAUAGGUCUGUAUCCCCUUUGACAUCUGAAAGCAACAGCAGUCCCAAACAUGGCUCUUUAACAGGUUCCAGUAGCUCCCUGGAACAAUCCAAAAAAGGUCAAGGUCAAAUGCCUAGCUCUCCUAUCUCCACACAACGGGUACCCCUGAAGGAGGCAAAGCGUAGCAUGUCCUAUGGAUUUCUUGGGAGGACCAGUGUGAACAGCAGUUUAAUGCUUUUUGUAGGGACACCAGAACCUGCUGGAAAUGUACAAAUGUGUAAAGACAGCAAAAAUCACCUCAGCACUGAUGAAACAAUAACCUCUGAUAGACUUCAGAGUGAGCUCACACCUGAGACUCGCCAUCUGUUUGUGGCCAAAGCUCUCACAAUGGACAUUGAUGAAGAUGAAGUCAAGAAUAUUGUCUCAUUGUGGCAGACAGAGCUGAACUCCCAUGAAGGUGCAUGGGAGAGAUUGUGCACAGAGAGAGAUGCUGUUGUGCUCUCCACACUCAUGUGGUCUUGGCUAGAACAACUGAAAGAGCCAGUCAUCACAAAAGAGUAUGUGGAGACUUUGGCUGAAGAUAGAUUCAAUCCCCAACAUGCUCUGAAUUCACUGGAUGAGGGACUAAAGCAAACCCUUCUUUGUGUUCUUGACUGUGCUGCUCAUUUGCUUAAAGUACCAGAGGAGGUUGAAAAUGCCUUUCUUGAGCGUACAAUCAAAGCAUUUACUUGGAUUACCUCUGAUUCAGAGAAUGGGCAGAUAAUCUAUAAGACUCUAAAAGAAGUAAUGAUGCCAGUCCUCAAUGAUAUGAGGACAAAAGCAAUGGAAGAGCUGGAAUUGACCUGUCACGGUUCCCACAUACCAUGAUCAAUUUACCAAGACAGUGAGACACUGGAUCUGGAAACUGACCUCUGGAGUGAAUUUUGAAGGACGAAAUACAAAAGAAAGGGAAAAGGUAGAAAUAUACAAAUAAAAGGCAUGCCUUAACAGGUUUAGUCGUUUUUUUUUAUGAUUGUUUCCUUUUUUCAGGGCUAUCUUGGUCCUGAUUGCCUAUUUAAAUCAUGUAUUUUAACAAGUCUUUAAUAUUAGUUAAUACAGGUUACACUUUAUUUUAUUUUAUUGUUUUUACAGAAAACAUAUUCACUGCCAUACAUGUGUGUGCCACAAUGUUCUGUUAAGUUAUUUUUCUAAUUUGUACUUAAUAUUUUGUUUCUAUUUUUGUUACACUAUUCAACUAAUGAAAUUAUUUAUUGAAAAAUAUAUCAUUUAUUUAUUAUUGCUUUUGUUUGGUUCAGAUGAAUCGAGGUUUCUCGUGAAAUAUACAGUAAAUUCUGUCUUAUAAUACUGUUUGAAUAGAAAGAUAGAUUGUUAAAUGUGUACAUUUGUUUUGACCAACCAAAUAAUAACACUGUGCAACAAGUCUCAUUUUAUGAUCUUUUUAAUGCUUUAUUGAAUUAAGCAAAUUGCCAGAUUUGCUCGUUCUUUCCUUUGCAAUUGAAAAGGUGCAGAAGAGGAAAAUGGAAUGAUUUCUUUCAUAAUGCAAUGCAGUUUACAUUAGAUAUAGCGCAGCAUUAUCGAUCACAAUUUGAAAAUUACAUUUGAGAAUGUUUCGUUACAAUUCCAGCUUAAAGCAAACUACUGCCAUAUAUAUAGGCUUUUGCUAAAUGCUCUCUGCCUUUUAUUAUAAUUAUUUGUAACUAAGCUCAUUCAUUAAAUAAACUUGGAAGAAAAAAAUAGGAAGACAUACGGAUGAAGGUGUUUAAAUGUGAUGUGGUGUUUUAAUACUGUAUAUAACACCGUAGUGUUUAGAAUUCAACGUUUGACCUCAUUUGUCAACUAAAGUGCUCACAUAGUCUUUGUAAGUAAAUAUACUGUUGCCAACAGAAUAUAUGUUAUUCAUGUCUGUGGAAAAUGCUUUCUGAUUUCUGUAGACUGACUACUGUGGAUUUUCAAAAGCACUAUAUAUUUUUUAUUUAUUACAUUUUCAUUUGAAUCUUUUAAAAAAAAAAACAUUCUGCAACAUUUUAUCUUUUU